AUGAGUGAGUUGGUACACGACAUCGGCAUAACCAUUGCAGGGUUCGUCGCGCUAGCGAUCUUCUUCUGCAUCUUUAACAUGUUUCACCCAGAUGAAGACCCGUCAUCACCACCCAUAAACGGCCCCACCGGCGGCCCCAAUCCCGUCAUCGUGACCGUCGUCCAUCAAAGCAACGGCUUGGAUAAUGAUGCCACCUCAUCAUCACCUCAUAACCCUCACCAAUUCGCCUACUCGGAAGUUGGAGCCCGUGGGAUUAAAGGAUCGUACGCUUCGGCAUGCUCGAUUUGCCUGGCGGAUUACGGGGAGGCGGAUUUGAUUAGGUUGCUUCCGAGCUGCGGCCACCUCUUCCACCUCAAGUGCAUCGACCCGUGGCUAAUACUUCACCCUACUUGUCCCGUUUGUAGAAGUUCGCCAUCACCUCAAAUUUAA